AUGGGUGACAAGAAGCGCAAGAUCGCCGAGGACACGCCGGUUGACGAGGUCGCUCCGGAGGGCAAGAAGAUGAAGAAGGAGAAGAAGGAGAAAAAGGAAAAAAAGGAGAAGAAAGAGAAGCGCAAGGCCGAACAGGUUGUUGAAGAGACCACCACCGUGAAAGAGAAGGAAGUGAAGAAAGAGAAGGAAAUGAAGAAAGAGGAGGAAGAGGUGAAGGCGGAGCCACAGACCGAAAAGACCGACAGCAAAAAGGCCGAGAAGAAGGAAAAGAAGGAGAAGAAAGAGAAAAAGGAGAAGAAGGAUAAGAAGCGUGAUUCCGAGGCUGCCGAGCUCGACGACGGGGCCAAAGACAGCAAGAAGGCUGCGAAAAAGUCCAAAUCAGACAAAAAGAGCAAAAAGCAGACUACAAAAGAGAGUGCCGGGAAUGGAGAUGGAAAUGCGGAUGAGGAGCUGGCCGACGCUGAUGCCGACGCGGAACAAACUGCGAAGAACUCUCGUUUUAUUUGCUUCGUCGGCAACCUUCCCUACUCCGCCAACCUUGAAUCUCUCACCAAGCAUUUUGAAAAGAACCCUCCCGCUUCAAUUCGCGUCGCGACCAAGAAAGAAACCCCGAACAAAUGUCGCGGCUUCGCCUUUAUCGAGUUUGAUAACUACGACCGCAUGAAGACAUGUCUGAAGCUAUACCACCACUCCAUGUUCGACGAUGGGAAGUACCCACCUCGUCGGAUCAAUGUGGAAUUGACUGCCGGAGGCGGUGGCCCCAACUCCGAACACCGCAAAGCCAAAAUCGUCGCCAAAAACCAGAAACUCAACGAGGAGCGUCAUCGCCAAGCUACCGAGACCAAAAAGGACAAGAACCACCACGACAAAUCCAACAAGCACAACAGCAACAACAAGCAUAACAACAAGCCCGGUCGUUCCAACGCGACUGCCUCGGACGCAAAUGCUGUCGUCGUGGAUGCGGAGAACGAUCGCUUCGCGGGUAUGCACCCUAGUCGUCGGGGUUUGAUCUAA